AGGGGGCGUCAGAUUUGCAGGCGGAAGAAAACAGGCCUCUUUGGAUUGGGUGGCAAGACCUCCACUUCCCUAAAAUUGCGUCAUUUCAAACCCAAUUGGGUCCAGAUGUUAUGGACUCCGACGGGUUACCAUCUCGGAAACUCUCCAUCACGCAAGCAAAAGGCGAGGGGGCGGCUAAUUAAAUAUUGAGCAGAAAGUCGCGUGGGGAGAGUGUCACGUGGCUCUCCAGGCUCGUCACGCCUGCGAUAAAAACCGCGAAGCAGAAGCAGGGACUAGAGCGCACUCCGACCUGCUCCACUCCCGCAUCGCACCGCACCGCAGCCAAAGAGAGCGAGGAGCAAGGAGCGCCCAGCGAGUGUUCACCUGCCGAGCAUCCCCGCCGGGCUGACCGCAAAAUCCAACAUGAAAAUCCUCGUGGCCGUGGCGGUCUUUUUUCUCCUCUCCACUCAACUGUUUGCAGAGGAAAUCGGUGCCAACGAUGAUCUAAAUUAUUGGUCCGACUGGUCCGACGGUGACCAGAUCAAGGAGGCGCUGCCAGACCCCUUUGAGCAUCUUCUGCAGAGAAUCGCCCGGAGACCCAAACCUCAGCAGUUCUUUGGAUUGAUGGGCAAACGGGAUGCUGAUUCCUCAAUUGAAAAACAAGUGGCCCUGUUAAAGGCUCUUUAUGGACACGGCCAGAUCUCUCACAAAAGGCAUAAAACAGAUUCCUUCGUUGGACUAAUGGGCAAAAGAGCUUUAAAUUCUGUGGCUUAUGAAAGGAAGGCGAUGCAGAGCUACGACAGAAGACGUAAAUAAACCCUGUAACAUACUAUCUGUUCAGCUUCAUUUGUGGCAAUGAGCGAUGAGAAAUAAGACAUGCACUAUGAGGAAUGAUUAUUUAUUUAAAAACAAAUGUUAUGAGUGGAAGAACUCCAAAAAAGUGUUUAUUUUUUCAUAUUGUGCCAAUAAGUGUUGUGAUUCUAAUGUGGUAACCUCCCCAGAAGGAGAAAUUAGUAGUAACUUCAGCAAAGCACAGUGUCAAUGGAAUUGUCCAAGCUUGCCCGUGACGCAGUCUCCAAAGAAGGAAGCUUUCUCUUUGCUGCCGGAAGCGGAGAAACUCCUGUGCACUCUUGCGCCUCCUGUGGUUGCUUUCAUGCUGACAAUGUAGAAACUUUGGCAUCUGACUCCAGUGGUAUCCUAGCAGCAUGUUUUAUGUUUCCUGAGUAUAUAGAGAUGUUUUUCAAAAGUUUCAAUGUGAUUCUCUGGUCUUCAUUCAUUGUAUGAUGUGUUGUGAUAGCUACCAUUUUAAAUAAAAGAAUUUAUCUUCA